AUGAAAAUGAAAAAAGCGGAGAUGUCAGAAUACUUGCCUGAAGAGGUUAUUGUUGAAAUAUUGAGUCGAUUGCCUGUCAAGUCCGUUUUGAAAUUCUCCAGUGUCUGCAAAUUGUGGAAUUGUGUCAUUAGAAGCCCUGAUUUUAUCUCUACCCACACUCGCAAUUCAAACAAACAUCACAAUUACAUGUUUCUGCUUCACUCUUAUAAAUGUAGGCACCAAUACUCUAUGCAUUUCGACAACAAAGAUUUCGAUGAAUACCUAUCCGUCCAACCCCUCUUCAACCAAGCCAACGUUUCUGAGGUGGUGGCCUCUAGUAACGGUCUUGUCUGCCUCUUUUGUGUCUACAAAAGGAAUAUCCACAUUCACCGCGACUUAUAUAAGUUUGUUAUUUGGAACCCUUCCAUCAGAAAAUAUUUUCUGCUACCUGAACCUAGUUUUCGCCUCCGUUCAAAUUACUCUUCAACUCACUCGAAACUAUUAGGGUUUGGCUUUGAUUCAAGACUUAACGAUUACAACUUUUUUGUGGCUCAGUAUUCGGUUAGCUCUGUUACUCAAGUGGCUCUCUAUUCACUCAACUCUAAUACUUGGAAGAAAAUCACUAAUGUUCCUCCCAUAAAUCGCGUAUUUUAUUCAAACUCUUCAACUUUCGUCCUUGGUAGAUUAUUUUGGCAUCCAUAUGAGAUAAGUAGGAAAUUGGUAUUGGUGUUUGAUUUAAUCGAUGAGACGUUUGGAGAGAUAUCAUUGCCCGCUGAAUGUUUGGAAAAUGCUCAAAAUAGAGGUUUGAAAAUCAAAGCAUUUGGAGAAUCAUCCAUCGCAGUAAUUCGAAACAGUUUUUAUGAGGCCGAUAUAUGGGUGAUGAAAGAGUACGAGACUGGUGAAUGGAUGAAGUUAGCUAGAGUUGGAAAACACUGGAGAGGAUUAUCAAAUGUGCUCGAGUUUAGAUAUAAUGGUGAAAUAUUAGUUUAUUUUCAUAGAGGGCAACGCUUAGCAUCAUAUAAUUUAAAUGGACGGAUAAAAAAUCUAGUGGCUUUGAGCAAAGAAAAGAACAGAAGGCCUCCUUUUGCUUAUAGGCAUGUGGAGAGCCUAGCAUUACUCGACAAAGGUACUGAUAUUUCUAACCAGCUAUCAAUUUCAUUUAUGGGUCAUGAGUCUCAUGACUCAUGAGCAAAUGUGGUGUAGCGUGAUCAUGGAGGUUCUCAUGGACAAUUCUUAUUUCUGUGGCUACUUGGAGAGCUCAAUUCCAAGAAAGCAGAUAGAUGGAGAGUUUGAACAUAGAAAAUGAGAGCUUGAAUGUCAUUACAUGAGAAGUAGUUGCUAAUGCAUCUAUUUUGUGGUUUUGGCUUGUAUAUUUUUUUCUUCCAACUACUUUGCAACUUUAGUGUCUCUGCUUGAAAUUGUUAUAAAUUUAUUGUGCUCAACUGUAAUUUAAAUUUAUGUAUAUAUUUAAAGUAUAAAUAUGUAAAUUCAUUCUAAAAAUAUGUACAUAUUAUAUCUUUUGUAUAAACAUAUUUAUUUUUAUUCAAUGAAUUGAAUUGAUGAUUGAA